AUGUCUGGGUCUCUGAAAGCUCUCAUUCUCGUCGGCGGUGAGUCUACCGUUUCGCGCGUGUUCUCGCUCUGGGGCCGGCGGUCGGGGGCGGUCAGGCCGUUGUCGUGGUCGCGGCGCGCGAUCUGGCUCAGCCACGCAGACGGCGACGACCGACGACUCGACCACCGCACCGGCCGGCCGCUCGCACUGCGCUGGUGGGGUGGGGGUGGUUGAAUUACGCAUCGAGGUAACGCGUCGGGCCACGCACGACGAGAGAACACGAUCGGUGUCAACGCGUCACACACGCAUCCCAGCGCGUGUUCUUCGGGACACGACAUUCAACAUCACCCCUUACUUUUGGGGGGAUCACCCGACGAAAGCUGAUCUGCUCUGUCGGGCCUCGCUGCGUGUUCGAUGAGCAGGUUUCGGUACGCGCUUGCGCCCCUUGACGUUGACGCUCCCCAAGCCUUUGGUCGAAUUCGUAAGUACAAAGUGCGUCCCGAGCACAACUUCAAUCUGUCUGAACUAACCCCCCAACCUCUGUCGAUCCCCUCGAUGCCAAACAGGCCAACAAGGUGAGGCUCACCCACUUGAGCGCGACGACCGAGGAGCUCGGACACUGACUACCGCGAUCGGGCGCGCUCUGUUCCGUUAGCCGAUGAUCUUGCACCAAAUCGAGGCCUUGGUCGCAUGCGGAGUCAAGCACAUCGUUCUCGCCGUCAGUUUAUUCGACUUUCCACGCUUCGAUUUCGCUCUGCAUUUAUGCUGACGCUCUGUCCAUCUCGAUUUCCGCUCUGCACACAGGUCAACUAGCAAGUCCUCUUUCCGUCGACGUGCCCGCAGCCGGCGUUCAUGCUCGCAGCGCACUUAGCUGACCACCUCUUGCACCCGUUCGCGUUCACCAUCGCACAGCCGCCCCGAAGUCAUGGUCGCCUUGUUGAGCAAGUGCGAGGAGCAGUACGGCAUCAAGAUCACCUUUUCGGUCGAGACCGAGCCCCUCGGAACGGGUCAGUCGAACACAUUCCUACUACGCGUUUCCUCCACGUGACGUGAACCCGAGCGCUGCGCUGACCCUCUUUACGUUGCUGUCUAUCAGCUGGACCUCUUGCACUCGCGAGCCAAAUCCUCGGCCAAGACGACGCUCCUUUCUUUGUCUUGAACUCUGACUGCAUUUGCGAAUUUCCCUUCAAGGAGUAAGUCCGCGCUUCUGCAUUCUCAAAGUGUCUCGACGCGCCGGGUCAUCCAUUCCAUAGACUGACCAAAUUCCCACCGUACGCCGCCCAUCGCGACAGAUUGCACGCAUUCCACGUCGCCCACGGUGGAGAAGGUACAAUCAUGGUCACCAAAGUCGAGGAGCCGUCCAAAUACGGGGUCGUGCUUUCGGUCCCGGGGACGAGCCGCAUCGACCGCUUCGUCGAGAAGCCCAAGGAGUACGUCGGCAACCGCAUCAAUGCCGGUAUCUAUAUUUUCAACCCGUCCAUCCUCAAGCGCAUCGAGGUGAGCAAUCUCGUUACUUUUGAGAGGUUGUAGCUCUCGCGACUGCACGCUGAUUGCGACUCGACGCCUCUACCUGUGGCUAUAGCCCAAGCCUACUUCAAUCGAGAGCGAGAUCUUCCCCCGGAUGGUCGAAGACGCACAACUGCAUUUGAUGGACCUCACUGGCUUUUGGAUGGAUGUUGGACAGCCCAAGGGUGAGCUCUUGUCCCCGCGAUCAGAUGCACCCCAGCUCCUGUUCAAGUAGACUGACCCGUUGACAUUCAUCGCUUCCGCAGACUACCUGAUCGGCAUGUGCUUGUACCUCACCUACCUGACCUCGCAAAAGUCCAAGUUGCUCUCGUACCCGACCGAAAACAAGUGGGUCAACUCGGGCAACGUGCUCGUCGACCCUUCGGCCACGAUCGACCCGACCGCCGUCAUCGGACCCAACGUCGUCGUCGGCCCUGGGUGCGUGAUCGGCGCUGGCGCCAGGCUGCAACGAUGUGUCAUCAUGGAGGUCCGUUUUUUUCGAUAUCAUCCGCAGAGACUAGUCGUGGACAGAAAGUUGAUCUCCACACUUUGUUCUUGCAAACAUUCUCGUCCCUCUACAGAACGCGGUCGUCAAGGAGCACGCCUUCAUUCGAUCGUCCAUCAUCGGGUGGAACAGCACUUGCGGUCGAUGGACUCGCAUUGACAACUGCACCGGUGAGUCUUGGCUGAGCUUCCUGGUGUGAGCGCGACCUGCAAGAAUCUGACCUUCUCCGUGCGUCAUCCUCCCAUCAGUCCUCGGUGAUGACGUCAACGUCAAGGAUGAGCUUUUGGUCAAGUAAGUCGUCAAGGACGCACUCCGUAUAAAUGAGGUUGAGCUCUCCUUGCUGAUUCUGUUCGUACAAAUUUCACAGCGGCGCUUCGGUCCUUCCCCACAAGAGCAUCCGCACUUCCAUCGCCGAGCCCUCGAUUGUCAUGGUCAGUCUCUGAUCGCAAACCGCUUACCCGACGAGCCUUGAUUUAACCCAUAUCAUCUCUCCACAGUAA